AUGGUUCUACAAAAUACUGGAAAGUUCAGAGCAGACAGAAUUGAAAAUAAAAAAGACCAUGGGUCAUCUUCGGCUUCUAGAGAAGAAUCUUCAGAAUCUCGAAUACGUAUAGCAGUAGAGAAUGAUAGAAUUGAUUCUAAAUAUGGAUUUGAAAGAGUACGUGAUACAAAAGAAAGAACAGGUUACCUUAUCAAUAUGCAUACUGCUGAAAUAUUGGAUGAGGAUAAAAGGCUGGUUGCUGCUAUGGACUAUUAUUUUAUUGAAAUGGAUGGCUCUAGGUUUAAGGUGUCCCUUAUGUUUCAACCUUAUUUCCUUAUCUUAUCCAGAAAAGAGUGUGAACAAGAAGUAAUUCAAUAUUUAACCAAAAAGUAUACAGGAACUAUACACAAGAUAGACAUAGUUGAGAAAGAAGAUUUGGAUUUGCUUAAUCAUCUGUCGGGACUGAAGCAGCGUUACAUAAAACUAUCAUUCAUGUCACAAAAUGAAAUGAUGAAAGUGAGAAAAGAGAUCUUGACCGCCGUAAAUAAAAACAAGGAGCGAGAAAAGAAAGAUGCCAUAUACUCUGAAAUGUUGACUAAUGCACUCACCAGUGCUGCAGCUUUAGAACACGCCAAGAAAACAACUGAUCACAUGGAAAACAUAAUUGAUAUCAGAGAACAUGAUGUACCAUAUCAUGUAAGAGUAUCAAUAGACUUGAAGAUAUUUUGUGGUACCUGGUACACUGUGAAGAGUCGCGGUACUGAAAUUCCCAUAUUCACAAAAAGAGAUGAUAUACUUGAAAGACCAGAUCCUAUUGUCUUAGCUUUUGAUAUAGAGACAACUAAACUUCCACUUAAAUUCCCCGACGUACAGACUGACCAAAUUAUGAUGAUUUCGUACAUGAUUGAUGGGCAAGGAUAUUUGAUCACAAAUAGAGAAAUAAUAUCUACAGAUGUCGAGGAUUUUGAAUACACCCCUAAACCAGAGUUUGAAGGGCAAUUCAUAAUUUUCAAUGAGGCAAAUGAACUGGCUUUGAUACAGAAGUUUUUUGAUCAUAUUAUGGAUGUAAAGCCGCACAUAUUUGUUACAUACAACGGUGACUUUUUCGACUGGCCAUUUGUGGAAGGGCGUGCGGCCACGUUGGGGCUGGAUAUGAAACAAGAGAUCGGAUUUAGCAAGGUAGCGGCUAGAGACGGCACAUAUGCCUGUCGUCCAGCCAUGCAUAUGGAUUGUUUGUGUUGGGUAAAGAGAGAUUCGUAUUUACCGGUUGGCUCCCAGGGCUUGAAGGCUGUUGCAAAGGCGAAGUUACGCUACGACCCUGUGGAGUUAGACCCUGAGGACAUGUGCAGAAUGGCGGCGGAACAACCGCAGGUACUGUCCAACUACUCAGUGUCAGAUGCAGUGGCGACUUAUUAUUUGUAUAUGAAAUAUGUGCACCCGUUUAUCUUCGCGCUCUGUACUAUCAUUCCUUUGGAGCCAGAUGAGGUGCUCCGCAAAGGCUCAGGAACUCUAUGCGAGUCAUUACUGAUGGUGGAGGCGUUUCACGCGAACAUCGUAUUUCCCAACAAGCAGGUUGAAGAACUCAACAAGCUCACUAGUGAUGGACACGUGCUCGAAUCCGAGACCUAUGUAGGUGGACACGUUGAAGCACUUGAAUCAGGUGUUUUCCGAGCCGACAUCAAAUGCAAGUUCCGUAUAGAGCCGUCAGCUGUGGACAAGUUGAUCGAGACCACGGAGAAGACAAUGAAGCACGCUAUAGAAGUAGAAGAAGGCAUCCCAUUAGAACUGGUCACAAACUUCGAUGAAGUCUGUGCCGAGAUCAAAUCAAAAUUACAGCACAUGAAAGACCAUCCCCGGAGAGACGAGAACCCAUUGAUAUACCAUUUGGAUGUGGGUGCUAUGUAUCCAAAUAUUAUUUUGACUAACAGGCUGCAGCCGUCUGCGAUGGUGAACGCCAGCAUAUGUGCGGUGUGCGACUUCAACCGCCCCGGCGCCACCUGCCAGCGCCACAUGGACUGGAUGUGGCGCGGAGAAUACUUGCCCGCAACUAGAAGCGAGUACCAACGUAUUCAGCAACAAUUGGAGACAGAAAAGUUUCCUCCUUUGUACCCUGGUGGUCCACCUAGAGCUUUCCACUCUCUAUCUAAGGAAGAUCAGGCGGCGUACGAAAAAAAGCGCUUAGUGGAUUAUUGUAAGGUUGCGUACAAGAAAACGAAAGUAACGAGGACUGAAGUCAGGACUACAACUGUAUGCCAAAAGGAGAACUCUUUCUAUGUCGACACAGUACGUGCUUUCAGGGACCGUCGUUACGAGUACAAGGCGCUGAACAAGCAGGCAAAAGCAAUGGUGGCGGCGGCCGUGGCGACGGGCGACGCGGCCGAGAUCAAGAGCGCCAAGAGCCGCGAGGUGCUGUACGACUCGCUGCAGCUCGCGCACAAGUGCAUCCUCAACUCCUUCUACGGCUACGUCAUGCGGCGCGGAGCACGCUGGCAUAGUAUGGAAAUGGCGGGCAUCGUAUGCUACACCGGUGCAAACAUAAUUAUGCGCGCUCGGGAGAUCAUCGAGCAAGUUGGCCGACCGCUCGAGUUGGACACUGACGGUAUAUGGUGUGUAUUGCCAGCCUCAUUCCCCGAAAACGUAACGAUAACCAGCACACAUCAGAAGAAAAAGAAAAUUAACGUUUCGUACCCCAACGCAGUGUUAAAUGCUAUGGUGAAGGAUUAUUUUACAAACGACCAAUACUUCGAGCUGAAGGACCCGGCAACGAAAACAUAUGAGCAGCGCGCUGAGAAUUCGAUCUUCUUUGAAGUGGAUGGACCUUACCUCGCUAUGGUGCUUCCCGCUUCUAAAGAGGAAGGCAAGAAGUUAAAGAAGCGGUACGCCGUGUUCAAUUUUGACGGCUCUUUGGCUGAACUGAAAGGUUUCGAAGUUAAACGUCGCGGUGAACUACAGCUUAUAAAGAUAUUCCAGUCGUCAGUGUUUGAGGCGUUCCUUAAAGGGAACGACUUAAAAUCGUGCUACGGUGCUGUGGCCAAAGUGGCAGACUAUUGGUUGGACGUCCUGUACAGUAAGGGCUCCAACAUGCCCGAUUCCGAGCUGUUCGAGUUGAUAUCUGAGAACAGAUCCAUGUCGAAGAAGUUGGAGGACUAUGGAGGGCAAAAGUCCACUUCAAUAUCCACAGCGAAACGGCUCGCCGAAUUUCUCGGUGAUCAGAUGGUGAAGGAUGCAGGCUUGGCCUGUAGGUUCAUAAUCUCGCGGAAGCCGGACGGGGCUCCAGUGACGGAACGCGCGGUGCCGCUGGCCAUCUUCCAGUCGCCGGCCGCCGUCAAGCGACACCACCUUCGUCGCUGGCUUAAAGACAACACCAUCACUGAGGACGUCGACAUACGGGACGUGCUCGACUGGGCCUACUACAUCGAGCGACUCAGCGGCGCCAUACAGAAGAUUAUCACUAUACCCGCCGCUAUGCAGGGCUUGGACAACCCGGUACCGAGGGUCCAGUAUCCCGACUGGUUGCACAAGAAGAUGUUGGCGAAGACCGACAAAUUCAAAACGCGAAAAAUCACUGACAUGUUCUCUGCUAAACCAAAGGAGCUGGCACAAGAAACGCAUGAUGACGAUGACGAGGGAACUGAAAGUAAUAAUGACGCUUCUAUUAGUAAUGAAAUAGACAUAGAAGACAUUGGCAAGAAAUCAACAGAGAAAAGCCCGAUCAGACCGAUAGUGCACACUAUAAAGCGGAAGCGGGAAGAAUCGCCGGUUAAGGAAGCCGCCACUUGGAGAGAGGCGUUAGGAGCGCCACCACCUUUUGGAACAACUAAGGAAGAGCGAAUUGCUUGGAUAGUUUUCCAAAAGAAAAAGUGGAAGUGGCAAAUGGAACAGCGGGGCCUACGUAGCCGGAGCAAACGUGGGAAAAUGGACAACACUGCACCAGUGAUUUCCAAAAGCACAGGCCCCGUCAACUCACUGGGUGGUUUUAUUAGGAGGGCGCAACGUACGCUUCUGAACACACCAUGGCAAAUCAUACAGGUGGCGGAGACGUCGGAGCCGGGGCUGUUUCGGGUGUGGGCGCUGGUGGGCGCGGAGCUGCACCAGGUGCGGCUGUCUGUGGCGCGCGUGUUCUACGUGAACCAGCGCGUGGCGCGCGCCGCCGACUGCGGCACCUACUGGCGCCGCUGCACCCGCCUGCUGCCCCGCGCGCACCCCGCGCUGCACCUCUACCAGUACACCGUGCCCGAGCAGCUGUACCGCGACCACCACGAAGAGUUAAUGGGAGAACUGUCAGCUCCAGAAAUUGAAGGCAUCUACGAAACACAAAUGAGUCUUGAAUUCAGAGUACUGGUGCAACUGGGCUGUAUUUGCGUCGUCGAUCCACAAGAGGCUAGAAGAUUGAUUCAAAUGGGCUCCAACAACAUGGACACAUUUACUUUAAACCAACUUCAGUUUAAGAGUGUUGCUCAUCAACCUUAUUUGCCAAAACAAGAUGGAGUUUCACCAAUAAAACAUAUUUUUCUUUAUCAACAUUCGGCGUUAAAUUCGAGCCGUAGCAUGUGGUCCUUAAUAUUAGGCCCCAUCAAGAAGGCCUACUUAUUCGUGCUCGAUACAGUAAAGACAAAUCAAGUUCCUAACAUGAACACACUGUUUACUGCCGAACGGACAGCUAAGAUAAAACUGGGUACGUCGGAGGCGGAGCUGCCGGGCUCGGAGCUAACGUGGGAAGUGCAAGUGGAGAGCGAGGCGCGCGCGGUGUGGCGCGGAGUGGCGCGCGCGCUGCAGCGAUACCGCGACGAGCGCUGCGGGCCCACGCUCGUGGCGCUGCAGUCUGCCCUGUCGCCGCCCGCACUGCUCGCGCUCGUGCCCGACCUCUCAGAUUUUCCGCUGGUGCCGCUACACGUUCGAGAUGUGGAGACUUUGUAUAGCACAUUAGAGUGGCAACGGAUUGGCGCCAGGGCGAUCGUUCGUCACUACCUUAAUUUGGAGUCUGUACUGAACCUCACUAUUGAACAGUGCAGAUACUUCCACGUGCCAUUGGGUAAUAUGCCAUCAGAUCCGACAUUAUUUGGAGCAGAUCUAUUCUAUGCGCGGCACUUGAUCAAGCAUAACUUUGUGUUGUGGUGUUCUAAUUCAGAGAGACCAGAUUUGGGUGGCCGAGAGAUAGAUGACAAUAGGCUGGUAAGCGAAGUGGAAGAGAUGUCCGGAUGCACGCACAACGCGAGCGGUGCGUACGGCGUGUGCGUGGAGCUGGAGAACGACGCGCUGAGCGUGUGUGCGCUGCUGCAGGCGCACCACAUCCUGCAGCUGGAGGGCACCAGCGUCGCCACGUCGUUCGGCGCGCAGCAGCACAGCAUACAGGACGCCAUGGCCGCCGGGGCGAAUCCAUCUGUGAAUUACGACGAGACAGCACAAUGCAGCGCUGCUUUCAAGAUCCUGCGUACGAUGAUUGCGUCGUGGCUGCGCGACGUCACACUCUACAAGAACGUCUUCGCCGAUUAUCAGAUAUCCCACUUUUACAGGUGGCUAAAAACUCCGACAGCACUACUAUACGACCCUGCGCUACGUCGCACAUUGUACAACCUGAUGAAGAAAUUGUUCCUCAUGCUGGUGGCCGAGUUCAAGCGACUGGGAUCUACGAUUGUGUACGCGGAUUUCAACAAGAUACUACUGAACACAAAAAAGAACACUGUUAUGGAUGGCAUUGGCUAUGUGGAGUUUGUGGUGCAGAGCAUCAGGAACAAGGAGCUGUUCCACGGCAUCGACAUCCGGUACAAACAGUGCUGGUCCUACCUGCUGUGGUUAGACGAGGCAAACCACGCCGGCAUACAAGGCAAAUUACCUGAAGGGUUAGUGGAAGUGGGCUCAUCACAAGCACCGCCAGCGAGCGAAGACACAGUAACAGAGGACGAGGGUGCCGUAACAAUGCAGUGGAAUUUGGCUAAGUUCCUCCCUCGUGCAGUUCGCGAGCAGUUUUCAGUGGCAGUGGCGGGCUUCCUCAGUGCGGCGUAUACUGAACCAGACAGACUUGCUGCUUUAGUUGCGGGAGAGAUCUCACAAAAACUGUUCCAAGUGACGGAGAAGAUAAACACGCGUAUGCCCACGCUUCGGGCGGGUGACAUCGAGGCGCAGCCGGGCCUCCGGGCUGACGCGUUCGGGGCCGGCGCCACGCCCGCGCUGCUGUUCGUGAACGCGGUCUGCAAGGUGCUGUCGCUCGACGCUGCGCUGGAGGAACAGGUGACGCUACUGCGCAGAAACUUGUUGCGUCUGAUCGGCGUGGGCGAGUUCAGCGAGGCGGCACAGUGGCGCGAGCCGUGCGCUUCGUGUGUGCUGCCCGAGCUCAUCUGCAACGUGUGCAACGUGUGCCGCGACCUCGACCUGUGCCGCGACACGCACACCGACACGCGCAACGACACUCCAGUGUGUCUGUGCCCCAAUUGCGGCACCCCAUACGAUAAUCAGGAGUUGGAGUGGAGGCUCAUAGAAAUAAUGAAUCGGCGGGCGAUGAGCUACACAUUGCAGGACCUUAUUUGCACAAGAUGCAAUCAAGUAAAAAGAGAAAACUUGACUGUUGUUUGCGACUGCGCUGGUGAUUUUGCACUAAUGGUCCCACAAAAAGAAAUACACAUACAACUAAUGACAUUUAAGACAAUUGCUGAAUAUUACAAGAUGCCUUUGUUGUUAGAAUUAAUAGAAUUUAAUUUAAGUAAUAUGUGA